AAAAAUAAAUUUUAGAGAGGCCCAAGAAGAGAUUUCCUAAACUUGGUUUAAUUAUUUUUUCUUAAAAUUAAACUUCCAAAAUAUCAUUUUAUGCGAAUAUAUUUUUACGGGGUAACCGGAUGGUCCGGAAGGGUAACGCAGCUAGCUCACCUUUUGUUCGCAUAUAAACUAAUUUAUAUAACCGAUACGGGCAAUUCCUGAGGAGGACGGAGGCUAGGGUUUUCGAAACUGAGACAGAAAUGGCGGAGGAAGGACAAGUGAUCAGCUGCCACAGUUUGGAUGCCUGGAACGAACAGCUGGAGAAGGGCAACAACGACUCCAAUAAACUGAUAGUGGUUGAUUUCACUGCUUCAUGGUGCGGACCAUGCCGUUUCAUUGCUCCAUACCUGGCAGAGCUGGCCAAAAAAUAUCCCCAUGCGACCUUCCUUAAGGUUGAUGUGGAUGAAUUGAAGACGGUUGCUGCAGAUUGGGCAGUGGAGGCAAUGCCAACGUUUAUGUUUCUGAAGGAUGGGAAGAUCGUGGAUAAGGUUGUGGGAGCAGAUAAAAGCAACCUGCAGAUUACUGUUACUAAGCACCUGCCAACUGCCUGAUUACAGUAGUAUUUGUCAAGGAAGGAGGCUCUAUAGAUAUUUAGACCUUCACUGCGUUUGCUGUUUAUUAGGAUCUUCUUUAUGUUCUAUUUGUUACUUAUUGUUAUGCAGUACUCUGGAUCAAUUGGGUCUCUUGUUUCUGUCGUUAUGACUCAUUAUUGGUGACUUCUAUCUAUUGUGCUCAGCGUCUCAUUCUCAUUC